AUGGACAGCCAAAUGCUCCACAUACUCACGGCCACAGUCGAGCUAGUGAAUGCAAACCUUGACACUGAGCCUAAUUCCUGGCGACAUCAACUGCCGGCCAUCCGAAACAUCACCAACUCGUUUGAGAUUUCUGAUACAGCUCCCGAACAAUCUCGCAGAUAUUGGCAGAUGCCCUUGGUCACUGUCGUCCAGCGGGUAGCACUCGCGGAUGCGGACAACGGCCCUGUCUCGGACAUAGCGGACUGGUGUUUACGGCAAUUGCUGACCCUGCUUGCGUUAUAUCCUCAAGACCCCGAGAUUUUGGCUUGUAAGCUAAACCCAUGGUUUCUUGUCCCUUGGCUGACAGUCACGGUGAUCGGUCGGCAUUGGCUGUUACGAGCGCAAAAAGCACUGGCAAGCAUCGCUCGAGCGGAAAGUGAGCUUCCCCGCAACGAAGAAAGCAGCCCCCAUCCAGACCAAUUUACAACGCAGCCUCUAGUCGAGACUCACGAGCGUAUAAACAGUGCAGAUUAUGUCGAGGCACGCGCAUUGCUGGUACCAGCGACUGACUACCUCCAAUCUGCCGUGGAUGCAGCAAGAGAAAAAGGAGAACUGACUGGGCAUUUGCUUUUGACGGCAAGGAUCCUUCUCUUCACUGAGCUGCCUCAACGCUAA